AAUAAGAAUAAUAUUAAUAAUAAAACACUAGCAAAGUUCAUAUGACAAAGUUAUUAGCGGAGUGUGGUUUCGUCUUUCCACAUACUCUUUCCAUUUGGAAAGGGUUGAGAAACUUGCUGAGUGACAGAGCCGGUGAGUAAAGGAGAGAAAUGGAAGAGAAGAGUUUGGACUUUGUUCUUGUUCCGCUGGGCCUCUUUCUGAUGGGAGCUUACCACGUUUGGUUGUUCUUCAUUAUUCAUCGCCAUCCCAGGAAAACUGUUAUUGGUCUGAAUGCUCAGUCUCGCCACCAAUGGGUCUUUUCCAUGAUGACCCCUUGAAGAAUGGUGUUUUGGCUGUUCAAACAAUACGCAAUAACAUCAUGGCAUCUACACUUUUGGCAACAACAGCAAUCACUCUCAGUUCGUUGAUUGGUGUGUUUGUUAGCAGCACUUCGAACUCUGAGAAAAUAUCUACAUCUGUAAUAGUUUACGGCAAUAAGUCUCCUACUCUUUCUGCAAUCAAGUACUUUUCAAUCUUGCUAUGUUUCCUAGUUGCCUUUCUUUGCAAUGUACAGUCUAUAAGAUACUAUGCCCAUGUAAGUUUCUUGGUGACUGUCCCUACAUGGAACGACAGGAAAGACUCUAUGGAGUAUGUUGGAAGGAAUUUGAACCGAGGAAGCUUCUUUUGGUCUCUUCGACUACGAGCAUUCUAUUUUUCUUUUCCUCUCUUUCUCUGGAUCUUUGGUCCUAUACCCAUGUUUGUUUGCUCUUUCAUAAUGGUAUUUAUUCUCUAUUUCUUGGACACAACCACUACUAUUACAAGGCAACUUCAUAGUCACUCGUUUAAAGAGGAUCACAAAAACACUGGCAUGGAAUCAACUAGUAAUCCAAUGUGACUCCUGGUAAAAUUCAAUGUCAAGCACCUAGAUUGAUUUUCAGGAUCAUAUUACUGAAAGAGAAAAAAAAAAUUAUUUUUGUUUUGUGAGAAACCUGAAUUUACAUAUGAUAAUUUCCAUGAAUAUCCUUUUACUGUGAA